AUGAAAUUUCCUAUACCAGCUCAGUUAAUAGUGGUAAGUGACUGAAUCCUCUAGACCCCAAUAUCAGUAUGCUUAUUCUCCAUACUGAUCUGUAUUCAUUUCCUAAGUUGAAGACAAGGAGAAUUAUUGUAUCAAUCAAAAGCCUCACUCCAAAUCAAAGUCCUGGCAACUAAGUACGCAACUGUAAAAUGGCCCAUUGGUGCUCAUUUCCUCCAUUCUCAUGAGCUUAAUAUUUGAAUCAGGGUUGAUACUGUUUGGAGAAAGUUGGUCUUUAUUGGUCCCCUCCAAGGGUUAAAGGGUUAACUUUGUUUGAUCUGUGGCAUAAAUGACACCUCCCAUGAAGGGUUACCAUGUUGCUUUUGCUGUUAGUAGCUUCCUUCUACUUGAAUGCCCUGUCAGUGGUACCUCCUAAGAACAAUAAAUAAAUUAUAGACUGGAGCUGUUUUUCUCAGUUAGGGCAAAAAUGUGGAACACUGCAUUAUUUACUGAGAGCUUUCUUUUUGUUGUCAGAAACCCUGAAAGAUUGAUUUGUCUGACAUGUAAAUCAUGUUGCCAUGAUUGUAGGUUGUUCUCAGAACAAUGGUGUCAUAUUUUGUUGGAUUAAAUGAAAAAUUUCAAGUUUCAGUUCUGCAUAACAUUCCUAAGGGGUGAGAGACAUUGAAGUACAGUCAGGUGAUCAUAGUGUAAUUCUGUUUACAGUUUGAGCAAAGGCACCUGGUCUUCACUAUAACUCCUCUUGUACAUAUCCUAUGUUUUGUACAAUUAAAUUUCAAGGUGUGAUGUGUUUUGUUUUUUAUACUGUUAUAUAUGUAUAAUAUCCAUUUUUUGUCAUAAUUCAGUGUAUGUCAUACAUUGUAUGUAUAUGUGAAACAAACAAACAAGCAAAUAACUAAAAGAGAAAAAAGCUGUUGAAUUGUAGACAUGUUUGACAUGACAGAUAAACUUUCAUUCUGAUACAUCUUUUGAAUUUCAUGAUACUAACAGUGAUUUUACCAUAAUGUUUAAUGGCCUACUUAGGUUACAAGUACCAUCUGCUCCAUCCUUCAUGCUGAUGGGAAACAUGGUGACAGAUGCCAUUGUGAUUCUAUUGUUAUAUUUGCCACAAACACAUCUUUGGCCAAAAUAUUUACCAAAAGAAACAAUUAUGUGAUUGAUUCAAAUUAGGUUGGUAGAUACAAAUGUUUUUGUUGGUUAAGCUGACUAACUGAUUUGGGAUGAUCAUAAAACUUAGUAUUGGUAACAACAUGAUUUUGAGUGCAAUUUGGUAUUAACAUAGGCACAAGUAAAUUUUUCAAAGACAACAGAAUUGCAUGAGCCCAUAUGGCAAGUGCAAUUUGUAAUUUGUAAAAUUUACAAAUGCAUAUUACACCAAAUUGCAAAAGAAAUCAUGUUAUUUACUUGUUAAUUAUGUACAUGAAAAAAGCAUCACUGAAAGUCAAGACAGAAGAAAUUUUGCACUUGUGUUACAACUUUGCACUUGUGUUACAUGAGAAUGCACUUAUUUUCAGCCAAUUAGAAGCGCAUAAUCAUUUUUUUUGUUGGAACAUUCUGUAAAAUUGGCCGAGUCACCUAAAGGCGGAAAUGCAAAAGCAAUAUUGGGUCAUUGAUGGUAGUGGGAAAUAUUUAUCAAAAUGAAACAGAUGCCUUAUUAAACUGUAAUCAUAUGGUGUAUUAUAUUUUUCCCUAAAAUAAACCUGCACUGAUAGAUAUUAAACAAAGUUAAGUUGCAAAAGCAAUUUUGGGUCAUUGAUGGUAGGGGGCAAUAUUUAUUAAAAUGAAACAGACGCCCUAUUAAACUGUAAUCAUAUGGUGUAUUAUAUUUGUCCCUAGAAUAAACCUGCACUGAUAGAUAUUAAACAAAGUUCAUACAUUGGAUUUAUCUUUAUUAUUAUUAUUAUUAUUAUUAUUAUUAAUGAACUUUAUUCUACACACAUCAGUUACAAAUGAUACUACUCACAAAAAAUACUACAAAUAGAAACGCACUUAAGAUAUACUAUUUACAAAAGGAAUGGUUACUGACAUUUACACUACCAAUGGGAAAAUUUCGAUUACUUACAUGAUAUUUGCUUGAUACACAUAAGCAAAAAAAAAAAACAAGAAAAAACUAAUUGAACUUACAUCUAUAAAUUUGUUUUCUUGUACUUACAAUUACUUAACUUAAUUCCUUACUAAAACAAAAGAUUGAUUGGUCACAUUACUUAUGAAACAUUGUUAUAGGAUAUUAUUUACUCUGUUCACACUAUUUAAUUGGUGCUAUUUACACUAUUGGUUUAAGGCUAGAGAAGCAUUCACCAGUAAUACUGUACAAAUUAUAGUAAAUUUUCAACACGAAGUUUAAGGAGUAAUUUCGUAUUAAAUUCAUUAAAGUCACACUUUUUUAACUUAGUUUUUGACAAUAAGAUGUAUUUGGCGAAGAGUAAGCAAUAGUUGAAUUUAGAUAGUUAUUUGUCAUUUCCAUUAUGCAACAUUCCAAAAAGUUUCUCGCCCACUGUUGGUGAAUAUUUCGAAUUGUUUGUUUUGUUAAACCAGGAACUGAAUAACUUUAUCAAAGAAGGACUUAGCCUCUUCACAUUCAACAAAGGAAUGUAGAAUGUAGUCGGAUUCAUUCCAAUAAAGACAUUUACUGUCUGUUUCAAUUGCAUAGGCAUAUAACUCUUUCCUGGUGACUAUUAUUCUAUGGAUUAAUUUGUAGUUAAAUUCUCUAAGUUUAUUUUCUUUGCAUGUUUUGCUUAUCUAGGUGAAGGCAAGGUUCCAAUUAAAAUUUUUCAGGUUAAGAUCUUUUUGCCAUUUCUUUAGACCGGUGGGUUCGAUUUUGGUCGCAUUAACGUACAGCAAGUAGUAAUCUUUGCAAUUCAUUUUCGUUCAAUCUAUGACAAUGGAGUCAGAGAGUUUGUAGUAAGUGUUACCUGAGAAAUUAUGCAUGUCGAUGGGAGAUACGGUUCUCGCCUUCUCAAGUAGAUAUUUUGGUAUCGCUGUAAGAACUUGAAGAUAGUUUAAAAAAUUACAUUUGAUGUUAUAUCUUUGUUGGAAUGUUUGAAAUGAUAAGAACUUUCCAUUGCAAUCGUGAAGAUCCUGAAUUGUUAAGACCGCCUUUUCUGACCAAUUUGAGUAGAAUAUUGAAUUGCCAUCGAUUUUAAUUUCCUUGUUGUUAAACAAAAGCAGGUCUGACAAGUAGUUGGGUCUGUACAGGGUCUUUAGUUCAAGAAAGUUCAUCAGGAUUUGCCUGUAAAAAAGUGGAAGGCUGAAUUUCGCUAAAAGCUUAUUGUCAUAAUUACAAUGAAGGAGAAAGUUGAGACCGCCAAACUUUUCAAAUAAGUGAUUCGGGAUUGAUUUCCAAGUCUCAGAUGAGUGUCGAUAGACUGUCAAAAGUCUAGAGAUCCAAGCUAAAUUUAACGACUUAAACAGGAUUUCGAUGUUCGGAGCACGUAAACCGAAUAUCGAAAUCCUGUUUAAGUCUUUCAGCAUGAAUGAGCUAAAAAAGGAAUUACAUAUACGUUAGUAUGAUGUAACUGAAGAUUUAGCAUGAGACAAGGAAACCCGUAGGGAAGCCAAGAGGCCUAUGCGAGCUACAGGCUCCUUAUAUUUUACAAAAGCGAGGUAUCAGUUUUAUGGCGUGAUUAAGGUACAAAAUAAAACAACAAUAACACUAGCAGGCACUCGAACAAACAUAUACUUAAGUAGCGUAAGAAAAGUAAGAAAAAAUAAUUAAAAAAAUGAAAAUAAGCAAAUGAAGAAUAAGAAGGGAGACAAGUUAGGAGUUAUGUUUGCAAUUUAGACUUAAACAGGGAAAGUGUGCAAACAUUUUAGAUUUUAAUAUUCAGAAAAAUGGAAAACUUAAGUCCUUUGAAACAUAACGCAAACUGUUUGAUAUUUAUUCGGCAAGGGUAUGUAAAAGGAAUUGCAUUGUCUGGUGUCAUAGCAAUAUUAAUGAAUGCUACUCGAAAACAAAAAUAAUCUUUUAAGAGCAUCUUGAAAAAAAACAUGAUCUUUCCUAUUUUAAAUCGAUAUAUACUGUAUAGAUUGAGAAUUUUCGACUGCUUAAAUAUAGGUUCAGUAUGAGUGUUAAAGAAUACUUCUUGAUAUGAUUCGUAUCACCUUUUUCUGGAGUAAGACAAUACGUUUCAAGGUGGAUGGAUAAGUGGAGCCCCAUGUCGUAAUGUAAUAAAGUAAGUAGGGAUAAACAAGACUAUAAAACAGAGUACAUAAAGUUGAAGUAAGUAGGCAGAGACAUGGCCCGAGUUGUUCAAAUCUGGGUUAAGUCCAGGGUUAGCAUGGAAUUUGAUUUCAGGUUUGAAAGCUUUAAAAGAAAAUUCAGUUCAAAUCUUUUUGCUUGCAAUUUGAUCAUUGGAUGUUCUAAAAAAGAAUAGGGAAAUUUUUUCUAAAAGGUUUUUGAAAAAAGAAAUAUAUAAACCUGCGUUAACAUUUAACCCUGGGCUAGCACUAAUCGGCCUUUGAACAACUGGGCACAUAGCUUUAUAGAUUAUACCAGUGGAUUUUAAAACUUUCCCUAGCGAUAUUAGUAAUGUGCGGUUUCCAUAACAAAUUUUCGUAAAAAAUAACAUCUAAAAGCAUAGACUCUUUAACUCGGUCAAUAGUAAAUUGGUUAAUCUCUAUUUUAAUGUUAAGAUUUUCCCUUUUCUGUCUUGGUUUGCAAGACGACAACAUCGGUAGCAUUUGUUUACUUUUUCACUUGGAGAACAUGGAAUUAAAUGAAGGGGAUAAAUUUAUAAAGAAACUGUGGUGCUGUGUCAGUGAGGUUAGCGGUAUAACAGGACAUUUUGUUUUUCAAACAGGACGUUAUGGACAUUGCUGAUCCUAGCAGUAUGCAGCACGCGUGUCAUAUGAACUUCAUAAUGGACUUCGCUCACCGUAGAGUCUCUAGCCUAGCAGUAUGCAUGGCAUAUGAACUUCAUAAUGGACCUCGAUCACUUUAGUCUCUAUCCUAGCAGUAUGAAUGUCAUAUGAAAUUCGUAAUGGACCUCGCUCACCGUAGCGUCUCCAUAGCCAGAAAUCCGAGACAUCGAUCAUACUUUACCUCUCUAGGCCUUUAAACAUGGCGGGAAAACAAUUACAAAGAAAUAUAUGGGAUAAAAAAUAAAUAUCAGGAUCUCUGACUCAUAAGCGAGACUUUCUCUGGUCUGUUAUUCAAAAGUACUUACAAAUGUUUACCUUAAGAUUGAAUGUCAUCUUGUCCAAAUUUUAUGGGCAAUAGGCUUUGGUGGAACGUAAACAGUCAAAUUGUUCUUGUGUUAACACACAAGGCCAUAAGUGAAGCAGUUUUGUGACGGUUAAAAAGUAAACGAAGCCAAAGCGAUUACUCUAGUCAGUAGGAGUAGUUUUAAACAAGAAAAUGAGCCAAUCAUGCAGAUGUGGACGAGCAAGUUGGCCACAUGAUGUCUAAAUUUACUUCUUCUCAUUACAUUGGCGAUACAGGGAACCAGUCUAACCCACGUAAACGCAAAUAUUUUAUCCUCAAUUGAAAACUAACUAUUUUCUAGCAACUGAGUGCAAAACAAGCACACUAAGCAUAAUUUGAUGGAGUAAACUUAUACAAUUAAACUUUGCCUAGUUGAAAAUUUAUUCAUAGUUUUUACCAAGCAGUGUUACAAUCACUACAUUGCAAUCGACCGGCGGUGACCUGCCGCUUUAAUUCUUGUGUUGAGUCUUCCGGUGGAAAAAGUUAAAGGUCUAGCCAUGAAAAAGCACUGCCGGAAUAUUAAUGUCGUGCCGGAAAAUGAAAGUCGUCUUAGAAAAUUAAAGUCAUGCGGG